AAUGUAUAAUAUGUAUAAGUUAUAUGAAGGACAAUGUUCACUACAAUGCAAUGCAGUGUCAGAGUGAAAUGACAAUAACUACCAUAGUAACCAGAGAAUCUGUUUGUGGAUCUCUGAACAUUCUAGAAUACGUAAUGGCCCUUUCAUAGCAUAUCUAGAUAGACUAAGGAUAACUUGAAGAUGACAAUGAUGGGGCUAAGAACAUGAUGAUCCCUAUAAAACACCUGUCCCUACUGCUACUCCUCCUCCAGACCCUCUCUUUCUCCGUCCUGUCUGCCUAUGAGGCCCCUGAAGACAAGGAGGACAUUUUUGCCAGUAGGGCUUGUCCUGCCUUCCUUGUGUUUGACAACGCUGCCUAUUUGGCUGACAUGACCAUAGAGCUGCCCUGUCACUGUAAGCCUGAGGAGGCCUACUCUGUGGUGUGGUACUACCAAAAACAGCUGGGCAGCCCAGACACCAGGGCCCUCACUGACUUCCAGGGCACCUCUGUGGUAGACUCAUCCAAAGUGGGCCGGGGAGGGGACCUCCGGAGCAGGUUCUCCAUCCGCCUCUUCAGGCUGCUUAUCUUCAGAGCCCAGAAGGAAGACUCAGGCCACUACCUCUGUAGGAACCAAGGGGACUUAUUCUAUGGUUAUGACGUGGACGUCCAAGAGGCUCACAGGGUAGCAGCAGCAGUGGCGGAUAGGGCGGCUUCAAGAUCCAACCAGGAUCUUCCACUCUACCAGGUGUUCACCAGCUUCUGGCCGUGGUCCGUGUGCGACUGCUGUGGCGUCCAGGGUGAGCAGACCCGCGUAGGGCUCUGCAAUGUGAAGACCAACUACCUCCACGUGCGCUACAGGCGGACAUCUCCGACGGUGGCCUCUUGCGGCUCGUCCACUGUGCCCCAGUGCUUUGGCCUCACCCAAGCCAACCAUCAGGGGGCAGAGCUGGGGGUGCGGAGCUGCCAGGUCCCCUGCCCCCCCAGGUUCAUCCCCCAGCCAGAACACCAGGCCCUGCUGGAGUUCCUGGGCUACAACGAGCCAGCAGCUCCAGGAGUCCCUGUCUACUACCACAACCACCCAGUGGACACCCCACUCAUCCUCUCCUGCCCUGGGGCCAAACCUCAGCACGCGGUAGCCUGAGACCAAGGCUCUAGGCCUCGGGACCGCUCCCAGUACAUGGAGGGCAUGAAUGAGACCUCCCAUCUCUUCAUAGACACAGGCCACCACCUGCACUUCAGCCCAGCAACACAGGAGGACAGAGGGUCCUACUACUGCUGAGGCUGGGGGUGUACUACCGUCUGGGCCGCAAGCAUCUGCUCUCUGACCCUGAGUCUCUCUAUGCCCUGAGGAUUAUUCUCCUCUGCUAUGGGGGGAUGACUGGGGUAUUUGUUUUGAUAGUGCUGUUGAAGUAUACCUGGCGCACAGUAAGACCAAAAG